AUGAGUGAACUAGAGGAAUAUAAAUCACAACUACGAGACAUUGAAGAAACGCUGAAACAGGAUCCGGAAAAUGAAUCGUUGUUAGAACUUCAGAAGGAAUUGAAAGAUUUGAUAUCAUUACUAAAUCAAGAAGAAGAACCAGAAACAAAACAAGAUACAGAUGAGGCCAAAGAAUCAAGUAUACAAGAUAAUACUCAGAAAGACAUCCCAAUAGAUACAAUUUCAUCUAACUCUCAAUCACCCCAGGCACCAGAAUCUUCAUUCAAAGUUGGAGAUUUAGUAUAUGUCAAACCAAAAUUAGAAAAAGAAUAUCAACAAGUUAAAAUUACAAUAAUAUCAGGUAAUCAGAAAUUAAUUACUGUUAAAUUUGAUAAUGAUAAAACUGAAACAUAUCCAAUAGAGGAAAUCAAAUUAGAAAAACCAAAAUUUAUUAAAAAUAAAUAUAAAUUAAAACAAACAAAAUUAGAAAAUCAAGAAAAGAAGAAACAAAAUGAUGAUUUAGAAUUAAAUAAAAGUGCAAAAAGUUGGCAAAAUUUUAAUAAAAAACUAAAAAGAAAACAUCUUCACAAUUUAGUACUUCUGAAAAAUUUGGUUCAAAAGUUGGUGUUGUAG